UUUGCAGGAAAGUGCUGCACGUCUUGAGGAAUAUAAGAAAUCAAUUGAUGGGAAACUUGCUCUCCGUCAUAGUAAUCUGAAUCCUGAAAGGCCUGACUCCGGUUUUCUCAGAACAUUGGACUCUAGUAUUAAACGCAAUACAUCAGUUAUUAAAAAGCUUAAAUGGAUAAACGAUGAGCAACGGGAAGGGUUGAUGGAUGAGUUAAGAAGUGUCAACUUAAGCAAAUUUGUCAGUGAAGCUGUGGCAGCUAUUUGUGAUGCCAAGCUUAGAACUUCAGAUAUACAAGCUGCUGUGCAGGUCUGCUCGUUGCUUCAUCAGAGAUACAAAGACAUCUCUCCUUGUCUUAUUCAGGGCCUCCUGAAAGUGUUCUUUCCAGGAAAAUGUGGUGAUGAUUUGGAUGCAGAUAAAAACAUGAGGGCAAUAAAGAAGAGGAGCACUCUAAAACUUCUAAUGCAACUUUAUUUUGUUGGAGUUGUUGAGGAUGCCAGCAUUUUCGUAAAUAUUAUUAAGGAUCUUACUAGCUUGGAACAUUUAAAAGAUCGGGAUGCAACUCAGACAAAUUUGUCCCUUCUUACCAGUUUUGCUCGACAAGGCAGAUAUUUCUUAGGGCUCCAGCUCCAUCAGCCUGGACAAGAAGUUCACGAUGAGUUCUUUAAAGGCCUUAAUGUCGCUGCAGAUCAAAAGAAGUUCUUCAAGAAAGCAUUGCACUCAUAUUAUGAUGCUGUAGCUGAACUACUUCAAUCUGAGCAUAAUUCUCUUCGAAUGCUGGAACUUGAGAAUGCAAAGAUCUUGAGUGCUAAAGGGGAGCUUAGCGAUGAGAAUGCAGCUUCGUACGAGAAGCUUAGGAAAUCUUAUGAUCACUUAUUUCGUUGUGUCUCCUUGUAA